AUGGCUAAAAGCUUCAUGAGCUAUCUUGGCAGCUUCUCAUGUGUUACGGCCGAGAAAUGGGUUCCCAUUGUAGAAGUCCCAGUAACUAGUGUAUCAUUUUUCUUGGAGAAAAAGAAGCAAAAGGGCUUCACUAUCUUGGGUCUAGAGCAAACUGCAAAUAGUAUUCCUCUUGACCAGUACACCUUCCCAAAAAAGACGGUCCUAGUCCUUGGUCGUGAAAAGGAAGGUAUACCUGUGGAAAUAAUCCAUAUUCUGGAUGCCUGCAUCGAAAUCCCACAGUUGGGAGUUGUUAGGUCACUCAAUGUUCAUGUUAGUGGUGCCAUUGCACUCUGGGAGUAUACUCGGCAGCAUAGAUCUCACUAA